UAAAUGGCGAGAGGAGGAGGUGGAGACGAUGAGGAAUCGGCACGGCUGUUGGGUUUGGGCAUAUGGCAUUUCAGCUCAACUGGCGUCCGGCACGGCUCAAAGGGUGAGCCUAUCCCCGUCUCCCGGGCCCGGCGACAUCGCUGGAAUCAGGUGUUGUGAGAUGUAAAGAUAAAGGGGUUUCUAUCACUCCAUGGCAACAAAGAUGGCGGCUCGGCUGAUACACAGAUGCACAAGGCACCUGGGUGCUUCAUUCCUCACCAUGCCAACCCCUGCCACUGUGCUAACUACCUGCAGAUGGAGUAUAGCAGAACCGUAUCAAUCACCAGCGCCACUGGCUGGUGUCCACACUUCCGUUCGCCAUCACGCACCUGACUUGAUACCCACUGCCGAGCAUUCAUAUGCCUGUCAGCCGGAACGCAUAAAGGUUGACGAACUAAUUGAAUCAGCCUUGAGCACAGAGGAACUCCUGCAGAUUUCCUCAGAUCACAAAAUCACUGGGAACCAAGCGGCUGCACUGCUCAUCCGCAUGUGCCGCCAAGUGGUGGAGCAGAAGCUGGAGACUCAGGAUGUCCUGGGAGACAGACGCUUCCAGCAGUUGUUGAAUACUGUCAACAGCCAGAUUUCUUCAGUGUGGAAUGGGAAUUUGGUAAGCUUGCUGCGGAGCCUUAUUGUGAUCAGACUGGAUGCCAAUAACCGUGUCCUACGAUCUGUUGAAAAUGAGAUUCACUGGCGGUUGAGGCGCCUGAGUUUGAAAAACCUCGCUUCACUGGCAGACUACUACCCCAGCUAUGCACAGACUGAUGGACAAAAAGUGCUGCUUAGUGACGUAAUAAAAAACGUGGAGCUGCGGUGGACAGAGAUCGCAGAUGCCAAGACUGUGGCCACGUUGAUGAUGAAGCUUGGACACUUAUCAGGUGCAUUGAUGGACAGACUGGAGGAUAAGGGCUUGGAACUGGCUGAGAUUUUCACUCCUGACGACACAAAAAAGGUGGCACUGGCUUUGGCGAUGCAGAAUCGGCGUUCCAUUCCCUUGCUCCGUGCCCUCUCAUAUCAUUUCAUGCAGAAGCACGGUGAAUUGAAGACUGGAGUACUGAUUGACAUGGCAUUUGCUUAUGGGAAACUGAAUUUCCAACAGACGCAGGUUUUCCAACGGUUAGCAGCUGAGCUUCUUCCAAGGAUACCAGAGCUGAGUCCCAUUGAUAUCAUGCGAUGCACAAAGUCAUUUGCUUACCUGAAGUGGCUCAAUCUGCCUCUGUUUGAGGCUCUGGCACAGUAUACACUUGAGCAUUGUGACAAGAUGACUGAGAUGCAGCUCUGUAACAUUAUUAUGGCUUUCGCUCGUCUCAAUUAUCAGCCAACCAUAGGAGAGGCCUUCUAUGCUAAGGUUCAUGAAAAACUAAGCAAUGCCCUGGUGGAGAUGAAUCCGUUCCUGCUGAUUGAUCUAGUCUGGUCUCUCUGUAUAUUGCAGCAAGUUAACCCUUUUUACCUCAGUCAUGUACUUGAUCUCCAUUUCUUCCAAAGAAUUGCAGAAAGGACCCAGUCACAGAAAGGCAAAAACUACAAGCUGAAGUUGGUCCAUAUCAACACUACAGCCCAACUCGAGUGCUCCGACUAUAGCGGUCCCUAUUUACCAACUCACUGCCUGGAGUCCUGGACCUCAGUAACUAAGAAGAAGCCAAGUUUGUUGGGUAGUGGUGUGCAUGAGGCAUUGCAAACUGCUCUUGGAGACCAGGCCAAGUGUCACUGCAGUGUCGAGACUUUGUAUGGCUGGCUGAUUGAUGGAGAAGUUGUGAUUGAUUCUGAGAAUAAGCAUCUUGCCGUGCAAGAGUACACUGCUUCGCACAUACCUCAGCCAGAGGGGACAAAGCCCCUGCCCUUUGGAGCCAAGAGGUUGGCAUUUAUGGCUUGGGAAUUUCCAAACUACAACUCACGGAGCCGGGACCUACUGGGGCGCUUCGCUAUGGCUCGCCGGCAUUUACAGGCCGCUGGAUUCUUGAUUGUGGAUGUUCCAUACUAUGAUUGGCUAGAGUUGAAGUCUGAGUGGCAGAAGGUUGCGUACUUAAAGGACAAGAUGAGCAAAGCCAUCGCUGAGGAAAUGGCACAAUGAAGUGCAGAGACCUGUUUUACUCCGCCACAAUACUAUUCUUCGAGAGAUGGGCUGAGAAGCCAGAAUGUUCCCUCUGAAAUCUGAGAGACAAUAAAAUGUCAGUGGAGUCAGUGCUUAGAGAGAUUUCUACUGUACAGAACAUAUUUUAAAUUAAAAAUAACCUGUUAAUUCCACAGCUAAUGUAAGGGAGAUGCAGGCAUUUUCUUUGCCAACUUUCAA